AUGGAGCUUUCACGUAAAGCUUUUCAAUCUUUAGGAAGAUUUUGGAGAACUAAUAUAAAACGCUUUGGUGUUUAUGAUAAAGUAUUACCUGUGGAAACUACUCCAAGCCGAUUAGUUCCUGAUUUUAUAGAAAAGCCAGACUACUUGUUAGGAAAACCGUUAUAUGUAAGGAAACAACCUGAAAUUAAAGAUGAAGUACAAAUAAAUGGAAUGAGAUGUAGUUGUAGCUUGGCAGCUAAUAUUUUAAACAAAGUUGGCCCAUUUGUCAAGCCAGGAGUGACAACAGAUGAAAUAGAUGAACUUGUUCAUAGUUUCACUAUAGAAGCGGGAGCAUAUCCAUCACCAUUACAUUAUAAAGGAUUCCCUAAAAGUAUCUGUACAUCCGUUAACAAUGUAGCUGUUCAUGGAAUACCUGAUCUUAGACCUUUACAAAAUGGAGAUAUAGUUAAUGUGGAUAUAACAGUUUUCUUUAAAGGAUAUCAUGGUGAUUGCUCAAAGACAUUUCUUGUGGGGGAUGUUGAUGAUAGAGGUUUACAACUCGUAAAUGUUACUGAGGAAUGCCUUAAUCAGGCUAUACAAAUAUGCGGUCCUGGUGUACCUUUCUGUGAUAUUGGUUUUAGAAUAUACAGAAUAGCAAAAAGUUACAAACUCACUGUGUUACCGGCCUUCGUUGGGCAUGGGAUUGGUAAAUACUUCCAUGGUCCACCUGAAAUAUUUCACACAAAAAAUCGUUACCCUGGAUUGAUGAAAGCUGGCAUGACAUUCACAAUUGAGCCAGUUCUAUCACAUGGUAAUGAAAUGACAGUUAUAUUAGAAGAUGGCUGGACUGCCAUUACAGAAGAUGGAUCCCGAGCUGCACAAGCUGAGCAUACAGUGUUGAUAACUGAAAAUGGUGCUGAAAUUCUGACAAAA